GUCGAAAUCUGGUGACAUCGUGGUAGUGCUAGUCAUGCUAUAAUAUAUCGUUUAAGGCGUUGUUCACUGUUUCGCCAGACAUUUGUUUUGUAUUUUAGAACAUUUUUACUAAUUUCAAAAUGAGUGUUGACGCUUACGGUCCGAGUUCACAAACUCUAACAUUUCUAGACACGGAAGAAGCAGACUUGAUUGGCGCGGACACCCAGGGAUCCGAGUUUGACUUCACAGAUUUUACACUUCCAUCUCAAAGUCAAACACAAGCUUCCCAAUUAGACCCUGUUCAACCCCAGACUCAGGUUAAUGGUAAAAUCAGCACAGACACUGUGGAAAACAAUGUUGUGGCGGUUACUCAGAAACUAGGAGAGUUGCAGUUUGAAGAAGAAGAAGAGGAGGCAUAUUACAACAAGGAGCUGCCUGUCUACGCAUGCAAGUACUGUGCGAUCCAUGACCCAGCCUGUGUAGUCAUGUGCAAUGUCUGCAAGAAGUGGUUUUGCAACGGACGAGGAAACACAUCCGGGUCUCACAUUAUCAACCAUUUGGUCCGCGCUAAACACAAGGAGGUGACUCUACACAAGGACGGACCGCUGGGAGAGACAGUGCUGGAGUGUUACUCGUGUGGCGUCAGGAAUGUAUUUGUGUUGGGUUUCAUCCCCGCCAAGGCAGACUCUGUGGUCGUGCUGUUGUGCAGACAACCCUGCGCUGCGCAGAACUCGCUCAAGGAUAUGAAUUGGGACCAAGAGAUGUGGAAGCCGCUGAUCGCAGACCGUAGCUUCUUGUCGUGGCUGGUCAAGGUGCCAGGGGAGCAGGAGCAGCUGCGCGCGCGUCAGGUCACGUCCACACAGAUUGCCAAGCUGGAGGAGUUGUGGAGAGACAACGCAGAUGCCACGUUCCAAGACUUGGAGAAGCCCGGGGUGGACGAGGAACCCCAACAGGUGUUGCUGAGAUACGAGGACGGGUAUCAAUACCAGAACAUCUUUGGACCCCUGGUGAAGUUGGAGGCAGAGUACGACCGGAGACUGAAGGAAUCCCAGACCCAGGAGAAUGUGGAGGUUCGCUGGGACGUCGGCCUCAACAAGAAGAUCAUCGCUUACUUCACUUUGGCCAAGUCUGAUGGAGACAUGAAGCUUAUGCACGGAGAUGAGUUGAGACUGAGGUACCUGGGAGAACUACAGAAGGCUUGGUCUGGAGUUGGACACGUCAUCAAGAUCCCAGACAACUUCGGGGAGGAGGUCGGCCUCGAGCUUAAGUCAACCUCGGGCGCUCCUACUCAGUGUACUUCACACUUUGUAGUGGACUUCAUUUGGAAAUCUACUUCGUUUGAUCGGAUGCAAGGGGCUCUGCGCAGGUUUGCUAUUGACGAAGGCUCAGUGUCCAGCUACAUUUACCAUCGUCUGCUAGGACAUGACUGGGACGACGCACUGUUCCGCUGCCACCUACCCAAGCACUUCUCUGCACCAAACCUGCCAGACCUCAACAGAUCACAGGUUUACGCAGUGAAGCACGCGCUGCAGCGGCCGCUCUCUCUGAUCCAGGGUCCGCCGGGGACAGGCAAGACUGUAACAUCGGCCACCAUCGUGUACCAGCUAGUGAAGCAGAACAGUGGCCCAGUACUAGUGUGUGCUCCCUCUAACACUGCAGUGGACCAGCUCACUGAGAAGAUACAUGCCACGGGUCUCAAGGUCGUACGAGUUUGUGCCAAGUCCAGAGAGGCUAUUGUUUCAUCAGUGUCAUUCCUUGCUCUUCACAACCAAAUUCGAAAGAUGGACUGCAACAUUGAGCUGCAGAAACUUCAGCAGCUGAAGGAGGAGACGGGAGAGUUGUCUAGUGCUGACGAGAAGCGUUACAGGAUGUUGAAGAAGGCCGCAGAGAAGGAGUUGUUGGACUCAGCUGACGUGAUCUGCUGCACCUGUGUAGGCGCAGGGGACCCUCGCUUGGCUAGACUCAAAUUCACCACUAUCCUGAUAGAUGAGAGUAUGCAGGCCACAGAGCCCGAGUGUAUGGUUCCUGUCAUACUCGGUGCCAAACAGCUGAUCCUGGUAGGAGACCAUUGCCAGCUGGGACCUGUAGUUAUGUGCAAGAAGGCCGCUCGUGCCGGACUUUCUCAGUCAUUGUUUGAACGACUCGUUGUCCUGGGAAUUCGCCCAUUCAGACUCGAGGUUCAGUACCGUAUGCAUCCCGAGUUGUCUCGUUUUCCAUCAAAUUUCUUCUAUGAAGGCUCUCUCCAAAAUGGAGUCUGUGCAGAUGAACGUAAGCUGGCCAAGAUGGACUUCCCAUGGCCAGUGGCAGACAAGCCGAUGUUGUUCUACGUGACGCAGGGCCAGGAGGAGAUAGCAGGCUCUGGUACGUCGUACCUCAACAGAACCGAGGCGGCCAAUGUGGAGAAGAUGACCUCGAGGUUCCUGCGCUGCGGUGUCAAGCCCGAACAGAUCGGUGUCAUCACCCCUUACGAGGGCCAGAGGGCGUAUCUUGUUCAAUACAUGCAGUAUCAAGGCACUCUCCCAUCCAAGCUGUACCAAGGUAUCGAGGUGGCCAGUGUGGAUGCAUUCCAAGGCCGAGAGAAAGACCUCAUUAUCAUGUCAUGCGUCCGUUCCAAUGAACAUCAAGGCAUUGGUUUCUUGAACGACCCUCGGCGUCUCAACGUGGCUCUCACUCGAGCCAAAUUUGGUAUAAUUGUCGUCGGAAAUCCCAAGGUUCUGUCUAAGCAACAACUGUGGAACCACCUGUUGAACUUCUACAAGGAGCAGAAGGUUCUGGUGGAAGGACCUCUCAACAACCUGAAGGAGUCCAUGAUCCAGUUCUCCAAGCCCAAGCAGAUAACCAAUGCUGCCAACCCCGGCACUCACUUCAUGUCCACCACUGUGUACGACGCCAGGGAGGCCAUGGUGCCGGGCAGCAUCUACGACCGGACUGGCGCUAACAACCCCGCGGCUCACUACAUGCCGAGACCUGCUCCUGGUGCCAGAUUGGACAUGUUCGGUCACGACCCCAUCUCCUACAUCUCGCCAGAGAGAGCGCAGGCAGCCCUCACCAACAUCCCUGUGCCGGUGGGUAUGUUCAUGAACAUGAGUCACGUACCUCCUCGCUUCUUCAACCAGCACCAGCAAGCCAUGCAAGCUCGCCAAGUCGGCCGAACAAACCGCAUUAACAACAACCGUCUUCGUAACAAGAACAAUCUGGGCAAGAACAAGAUGGGCAACACCCUGAGUCAGGGCAACAGCCAGGAGCCUUACAGUCAGGGCAUCACCCAGGGCAUGAGCCAGCAGGGUGGAAUGUCGCAAGGAUUCAGUCUAUCACAAGCAGGACUGUCACAAGACAGUUAUCACAUCCCAGACUACCAGAGCCAGAUGAUGGAUGGGUUCUUGUCCCAGGACUCGACCUAUCAGGCUGAGAGAUAUCCUACACACCAGCCGUACUGAAGCGCGGUGUCAGAGGCCCUGGUCGCGGGAGCGGCUUAAGGAGUUCAACGGCGUACUACGGUGGCGUGACACCGCGCAAGCCACAGCGCAACGGCGCAACCUCCGACCAAGUGGAUCAAGCCAUUUGUUUUAUUUCAAAUGUAAUUCGCAGUUAAGACUCGACUGCUACAUGGUUGAAAAAUUAAUAGACUAGUGUUUUCUUUAUUUACUAA